UGAGCUGAAUCCACCUCUUGUGGAGUUCGAUGUUCUUUAUGGAAACAAGUAUAAAAAUAGAUUUAUUGAAUUUGGAAAUUGUAAUACUGUUACUUAUGUGUUAAAGAAGAUUGCUUAGUGAAUUAAGUGAUGCAAAAUUAUUGGUGGAAAAAUCUAUGCUCAAGACAACAGCAAGUGAUGUUUUUUUUUACACAUGGACUUUGAUGACCAAGUGGUUGUAUCAGCAAAUGAAUAGAAAUCAACACUGCCACACAAACAACAACACAAUGUAAUUAUAAGUGUAAUAAAAAUAAAAGAUUCUUCAAGGCAUGCGGUUGCAAGUUGAUAAAAUAUCGAACACGCUGCCAGUUAAGGUUAUUUGUGAGUCAACUUUGAACGUAUGAGCAACCACGGCGGCGGGCGGUUGCCAAAAAACAGUGACGGUUAGUGAAACCUCCAUGAUAUAGAAAUACUUAAAAUUCUCGAUUGAAUAAAAAUUCGAUUUAAAAUCUUGAAGAGUGCCUGCCACAAAGAGUUAAUAUACGUGAAUUUCGAAAAAUCAGUGAAAGAUGCUGCUGCUUGUACUAAUCUCGUUUGCACCACUUUUCACACUGCAAACCGAAGUGCUUUUAAACUACGACGGCUUUAAUCCAAUCACCGCCGUGUCGUCUGCAUCAGCAGCUUACAGCUCUGCCUCCUCCUCUUCAUCAACAGCAACAACCGUAACGUACGCCCAGCAGCAGGUGCAAUGGCCUCCCACUGCUGUGCGCGGCAAUUGGUAUAUCCUGAAUGCAGCAGCCAACGCUGCGGUUGCCGCGGCUGCCACUACUCAAGUAGACGCCGCACGCGCUAAUAAACUGCAAAAGCGACACAAAGCAAUGCCACAAGAUAAACAACCACACAGAACAGCACGCCACACCCUUGAUAUACCACAAGCGGCGCAGCAACAGGAGCAACAACAAAAUCCGGCAAAUUAUUACACUUACAACAGCAGCAACAACGGAAAUUACCGUUCGACGGCACCGGAUAUGCGCUUUGUUGCGCCAUAUGUAUUGGCGUUAAGUAAUAGGCGACGCCUCUCGAUGACUUCGGGCGAAAGGAGUAGGCGGCGAGAGCUCAGCGGCAGCACCACUGACAGAGUUGUCAAUAACUUCAAUAAACGAGGGUAUGUCAACACUUAUAACAACAACUAUAACAACAAAAGUGUGACUCAACACAAUAAGUAUGGUGACAAUGAGCAAGCAGCAACAACUAAAGUAAACAUUGCCGACAGCAUUAUUACGCAACCACAGCAUCGAGCAAUGCUUGCUUGGCAGGAUAUUAAAACCAAAAGCGAUGGCGAGGUCAACGAGGGGCGUAAAGGCGUCGUUCCUGAUAUUGAGGAAAGCACGGAGGUCGGAAGUGUUGAAAAUGAUAUAAACAGUCUAGAGGAAGCGCAGUUCAAUGAAGUUCUAGUGCCAUUGGGAAACGCCUUGGACAAAGUGCGACACUUUUGUGAGGUUUUCCGACGUAUCAUCAGCGAUGAUGAAGCAGACCUUGCAAGCGACGACCUCGAUACAUUGGGGAGCAGCGACGACGGCUUCGCAAACUCAGCAUCCGCCACGUUAGUGCAGUCAGCAACUGUAGACACAGCCGUUCCUGUUGGUGACAACACACAGUUGGCGCUUGAAGUUCAAGGUCAGCGAAGCCCUCCCACCGCCACACAUUCAAACACGCAACAGUCUCAGCCGAUUGCAGAGGCGACAUUGAUGUGGCCAACAGUGACGGCACCAGCUAUGCCACGGUCAACUGCGGUUACAGCAUCAGCGCAGGCAACAACAACUGCAAACGCACCAAACUCAGCUAAAUCAUUAACAUCUACUGCCUUGGUCAUUGGUCGAGGUAAAAAGUUGAAAAAGAAAUUGAAAAAACUGAUGCUUCCAUUGUUGCUGGCAUACAAGCUGAAGUUCAUAGCAUUAGUGCCGCUGCUAAUUGGUGGCCUAACGCUGCUGGUCGGCAGCACCGGCCUGGCUGGCUUCUUUUUUGCGCUCUUCUUGACGGUGAUGACCCUGAAGGGCGGCGGUAGUGUGAACAAAUCGAUUGUAAUUAAGAAAGUUUUGUAAACGCCGGCCGAGCUGCCAAAGCAAUCAGCGGAGCAGGGGCGCGGUACACUCUAUAAGCUAAUCUUUUUUUUUUAUCGGUCAACACGAGUUAAGUGAGUCAUGAAUUAACGUUGCUCUUUGCAGCUUGCAAGUGACACAGAAGAGGGCGAAUGAAAUUGCACAAUCGCAUAACUUCAAGUUGGGCGGUCUUGUGGUUGAGAAAAGCAAAUGUUAAUGUUAUAAAACAAUAGUUACAAACCAUUUUUUAUAAACUCUCGUGCACAUUGUAUACAUUAAAUUUUCCCCGAUUUACGCUCGUGUUACUAUUUAUACAUGAAGUUGUUGCAGUGAGCGACACGCGACAGCCGAAACCGGAUACUAUUACUUAACGCCGCUAAUUUAAGUCCAUUACUUCAUUCAUAAAUACGGAAAUAAAACCGUAUCAAGCUACAUACUUGGUUUGAAUGAACGCCAUGCUAAAAGGUUUUGAACACUUUAGACAUCGUAAAUAACGGCUCCGCUUUGGAUUCA